CUAAUCUAUCAGCCGUUGAAACUUUCGGGUCUCGCUUCUCUAGUGGGAAUGGUCACAAGCCUUUGUCGUUAGUGCAAGAUAUGCUGCCAGGAACUCUAUAACUACUAGUUCCAACCAUCGAACUCGGGGUCAUGGGGCCCUGUUAGAGCUGCUACUCCCCCAAGUCUUGAUGAAGUUCAUAUAGUUGCCUCCCAUCAACAAUUCCCCUCGCUUCGUUUACAUCAUCAUUCUUAUGGCCGACCAAAAUCUAGUGAACAGAGACGUGACAAGUCCGGACGAAGUCUUUGGACAGUUCGUUCCUCAGACUGGCGUGGAACAGGGGACAAACCAAGAUAUCAUUGAUGAACUUGAAGUGGAUUCGAACCGCGCUGAUAGUGAUUCCGGACUUGGAUCUGAAUUAUCAACGACUUCCACUUCUCUGGGCAGCCGAGUUUUACCCUACAGAUAUCAGAAUGGAAGAAGAUAUCAGGCGUCCAACGAUAUAUAUCACCUUCCAAAUGAUGUUCAAGAAAUGAACCGGCUUGAGCUGCAACAUAUGAUUUUCAUCGAGAUGUUAGGUCAUCGUCUACAUCUUGCGCCGAUCGAUAAAAUCAAAAUGACCCAUGCCCUUGAUGUGGGCUGUGGAACUGCCAACUGGUCUAUUGAGUUCGCCGAGUUAUACCCACAUGUGCAGGUAAUUGGAACGGAUUUGAGCCCUAUCCAGCCCCGAUACGCUCCAUCGAACUGCACUUUUUAUAUCGACGAUGCAACCAAAGAAUGGAUGUUCUACGAGAGGUUUGACUAUAUUCACCUUCGCGCCCUUACGAUGGGGAUAACGGACUGGGACAAGCUAGUUGAUCAAGCCUAUAAACACUUGCAGCCCGGAGGCUAUCUGGAGCUACAGGAAUUCCACAUGCCACUCGAGAGUUCGGAUGGUUCGCUCAAGCCGGAUUCGGCGCUGGCGACAUGGGGACGAAAUGUUCAAGAGAUAUGUGGUAGACUCGGCAUCAAUGUAAAAGCAGCUCUGGAACAUCCCGACAGGCUCCGUCAAAGGGGUUUCCAAGCCGUCGAGGAGGCGCAUCUCCCUGUCCCCAUCGGCCCCUGGGCCAAAGGUCUUCCGCAGAAGCGAAUUGGGUGGAUGGCCCGAAAAGACCUUUACGAGGGGAUUGAUGCCAUCAGCAGGAGACUGUUACUGAUGAUGGAUGAUGGGCAGACCGAGGAGCAAGUCGAUGCGCUGCUUGCGCAGUGCAAGGAGGAAAUUAUGGAUCGUUCGAUACAUUCAUAUAUGACACUUGAUGUGACCUGGGGACAGCGGCCUUUUGACGGCUGAACGACCAUUUCUUCUUGAUUUGACUUACAGGCAUCAUACUUUGCUAGCAAUACACUCCGGGCUUAGGAUUUGCCAGCUGCACGGCCGCGAGACGACCCAAAUUUCAGUGUUGGAAAAAUCCAAGUACAGCACCUAGCCUUGGUAGGCGGAAAUCCCUUGUCUAUAUCUACACCACAUCUAGACCUCAGAAUACAAUUGUGUACAUACUCAAGGCGCACCUGCUACAUUCUUGAAGGUGCCUUGAUCAUCGUACUUCGCCU